AUGUCAAAUGAAGUCACAGUUGUUUUACAGGACAGGAAGACUGGUCAACGACGAAACUAUACAAUAAACGUUAACAACAAUGAAAACAUACUGGAGUUGACAAAAAGCGUAGAAAAGAUUACAAAGAUUCCAAGUGAAGAGUUAGAAGUGGUGUUUUGUGGAAAGAAACUUUCAAAAUCGACAAUUAUGAAGGAUUUGUCGCUGACUCCUGCAACACAGAUAAUGUUACUUCGACCAAAUUCCGUUGUAAAAACAGCAACUUCAAGUUCAAAGUUCCAAACAACUGAUUCCUCGAUUCUAGGAAGUUUUUAUGUCUGGUGCAAAAGUUGUGACGACGUUCGAAGAGGAAAACUUCGCGUUUAUUGUCAGAACUGCGAGUCAACUUCGGUGUUGGUAAAGGCAGAACCACAGAACUGGAUGGAUGUUCUGAAAAGCAAAAGAAUACCAGUGACAUGUGAGAACUGUUGUCGACCUGGACUUUAUGCAGAGUUCAAAUUCAAAUGCCUCACUUGUAACGAUUUAGCCGCAGCGUUAACUCAUGUUCGAGGAAACUGGCAGAUGGCGGAAUGCUGUAUUUGUGAUGGAAAAGAGAAAAUCAUUUUUGAUCUAGGAUGUAAUCAUAUCAGCUGCCAGUCUUGUUUCAAAGAUUACCUUCUGAGCACUCUCCAAGAAUUCCAUUUCAAAAACCGCCCGCCGUACGGAUUCACGGUCUCCUGUGUUUAUCCAGAAUGCAAUCGAGUAGUCCAAGACGUUCACCAUUUUCAUGUGAUGGGUCAAUCCUCAUACAGUGAGUAUCAACGAAAGGCCACCGAAAGGCUUAUUGCAAUCGACGAUGAAGGUGUUACAUGCCCAAACCCUUCGUGUGGACAAAGCUUUUUCUGGGAACCCUACGAUGAUGACGGAAGAUCGCAAUGUCCGGAUUGUUUUUACACGUUUUGCAGAAAGUGUACUGAAAGAGAUUGUGUUUGCCAAAGUGAAGACGACCUGACAAGAACAACUAUUGAAGCGACUACCAGACGAUGCCCAAAGUGCAACGUGGCAACAGAACGCAACGGCGGGUGUGCUCAUAUCCAUUGCACAUCGUGCGGAAUGGAUUGGUGCUUCAAGUGUGUCACAGAGUGGAAAGAGGAAUGUCAAUGGGACCAUUGGUUUAACUGA